AUGCGAGAAGAGGAAUACAUCAAGGAAUUGAAACGUAUCGAGGAACAGGUCCGGAAACUGAGAUUAGACCUGGACAAAGAAAGAGAAAAGAAAGCACCUGUGGAUAGGAGCCCCAAGGACAAGAAACAGAAGUUUCGCCGACAGCAGACAACUUCUGGGAAGCUAUCGAUCGGAGAUCAAGUGCGGAUUGCAAAUCCAAACAAAGGGCAAGAAUCAGAGGGCGAAGUCACAAGCAUUAAUCGCAUCUCUGGAUUCGUCACCGUCCACACACGAACGCAAAGAAUCAGAAGAUUGGCGAAGAACCUAGAUAGGUUGGAACCCUAA